GAAGAAUCUGUUGGACCACUACAUUGAAGAGGAUUCCAUUAAUCCCUCUGAAGAUGCUAUUAAAGUUUUCCUAAGGCUGAAACCAACUCUCAUUGAAAAUAAUGUUAUACAAGUGUUGGAUGCUAAAACUUUACUUUUCAAAAUGCCUCAAGAAUUUAUGCAAGCACGUAACAAGCUGAAUAUGGCAGAUCAUUACAAGUAUUCCUUCUCACAUAUAUACGAGCUGAACACAACCCAAAGUCAGAUAUAAACUGGUUGUGUUGCACCAUUAAUUAAGAACCUGUUUAAUGGGCAACACUGUCUACUUUUUACCUACGGAACUACAAAUGCCGGGAAAACUUUUACUGUACUAGGUAAUGAAGAUAAUCCUGGAAUCAUCCCUCGCACAAUGACGACAGUGUUCAAAUCAAUAUGUGGAAAAGAGUACAAGAAUGAUCAAAUAAUGCCUGACAAGUUCAACUCGGCCAUAGAAGUUACCGAAAGUACUCUGGCAGCAGACAAAAAAUUCAAAGAAGAAAUUUUAACAUGGAGCCACCGAACGACUCAAAUGGAUUCCAAACUUCACAAAACCAACAGCACGGUUAGAUCAAGUGUUGAUGAAAUAUUUGGAGAGUCUGUGUUCAGAGAAAUGCAGAAAUGUUUAACCAAUGACACGUCCAUUGUUCAGUAUGCAUCAGAAUCAGAUGACCGAUUUUCUGUGUGGGUCAGUUUUGCUGAGAUUUACAAUGAAGCAAUUUACGAUCUGUUGCAACUGCAACCUGUGACUCCCAACUUCAAACGAAAACAACUCAAAUUGGGUCAAGAUAAUCACAAGAAUUAUUACAUUAAAGGACUAAAACACGUGUUUGUCGGGUCGGAGGAGGAGGCGUACAAAGUAUUGAUGUUUGGUAAGACAAAUCUCCAAGUGGCAGCCACUGGGAUGAACACUAGGUCCAGCAGGUCUCAUUGUAUAUUCAACAUUAAACUGAUCAAGAGUCCAAAUGUGGAACACCCUGAGCGAGUGGUGGUUAGCAGCUUCGCUAUGCAGAAAAAGACUCUGAAUGUUGGUCUUAGAUUGAAGGAAUCACAAAACAUCAAUUGUUCACUUUAUGUCUUAAGUCGUUGUUUUACAAUUAUCAGAGAGAACCAGAUGAACAUGGAGAGUAAAAUGAUCCCAUCCUCGUCGCCAACUGAGAUGACUUGA